AUGCCUCGCUUCACGAGUCCAUUCGAUGGAGCCCAGCUCUUCUAUAGAGAUUAUCAGCCUACAAGCAAACUCCAACCUUAUCAACCGAACAAAACAGAAGCAGAAAAACAAAAGCCAGCGUUGGUAUUCAUCCACGGCUGGCCAAUGUCUUCGCUGAUGUUCGAGCACCUAAUCCUACCCCUCUGCGAAAGUCAACAGUAUAGAUGCAUUGCCCCUGACCGACGUGGUUUCGGCAAUAGUGACUGGAAUGGUCCCGAACCGGGGAUGGAACAGAUAGACUAUAACGUAUUUGCACAAGACACGGCCCAUCUGUUAGAGAAACUUGACAUUAGACCGUUUGUCUUUGUUGCCGCAAGCAUGGGACCAGGAGAAACACUCUUAGCUUACGAGCGCAGCGAAUUCGUUCGAAGUAACUGCAAGGGAUUCUUUUGGGUAGGCCCUGCGCUUCCAUUUCCUCUGGCUACUCCAGAAAAUCCCAAUGCGCCACCGCGCGAAUUGUGGGACUCGAUGCUCGAAGGAUUCCGUAAAUCACGAGCUGAUUACACCCAUGAAGCUCUUCCGCCUUCGCUAUUCGUCCUAUCAUCCAAGCGGACGAUAUCAGAGUUCACACUCCGCCGACUCGAAAACAUUGUCGCAAUGGUUGAUGCCAUUGCUAUUGAGCGAUGCGUUCAGAUUAUUACAAGCUUAGACUUCACAGACCGCUUGCAGAAGCUUGGUGCAAAUACUGAUGUACCUAUCAUGUGCGUUCAUGGGGAUCAGGACUUGGGCUGUCCCUACGAGGCAAGUUCCAAAGUCAUCAAGGAAAUUAUUCCCAGGACGAAUGUUAAAAUGUACGAGUCAGGCGCUCACGGUCUGUAUCUGACACACAGUAAUGAAUUUCUUGGGGAUUUAUUGGGCUUCGUUGACGGAUUGCACUGGCCAACAUCUUACUAA